AUGGUGCAGGCUGAGUCUUCUGCGGCUGCUGCGCGCAAUGGCCCACAAGCCAACACCGCAGGAGCGCCUCCCGACUACGAGUUGCCCUGGGUUGAGAAGUAUCGUCCUGUGUUUUUAGACGAUAUCGUUGGAAACACGGAAACGGUGGAACGACUGAAAAUCAUCGCCAAGGAUGGCAACAUGCCUCACCUUAUCAUCUCCGGCAUGCCUGGUAUCGGAAAGACGACGUCCAUAUUGUGUCUGGCGAGACAAUUGCUGGGCGAUGCGUACAAGGAGGCCGUUUUGGAGCUGAACGCGAGUGACGAACGAGGUAUCGAUGUGGUUCGCAGUCGAAUAAAGGGGUUUGCUCAGAAAAAGGUCACACUGCCCCCGGGUCGACACAAGAUUAUAAUCCUGGAUGAGGCGGAUAGCAUGACCCCCGGCGCUCAGCAAGCUCUGCGUCGUACGAUGGAAAUCUACUCUUCCACCACCCGAUUCGCCUUCGCGUGCAACCAAUCGAAUAAGAUUAUUGAGCCCCUGCAGUCGCGAUGUGCCAUCCUCCGUUACGCUCGGUUGACCGAUGCGCAAAUCGUCAAACGGCUAACGCAGAUCUGCGAGGCGGAGAAAGUGCAGUACUCGGAAGACGGGAUCGCAGCGCUGGUUUUUAGCGCAGAAGGCGACAUGCGACAGGCCAUCAACAAUCUCCAGAGUACGUGGGCCGGCUUUGGGUUUGUCAGUGGAGAUAAUGUCUUCCGGGUGGUGGACAGCCCGCAUCCGAUCAAGGUGCAAGCCAUGAUCAAGGCCUGUUGGGAGGGCAAGGUUGAUGCUGCUCUAGAUAUACUGAAUGAGCUCUGGAACCUGGGCUACUCAGCACAUGAUAUCAUCAACACGAUGUUCCGUGUGACAAAGACCAUUCCCACCCUGUCGGAGCACUCCAAGCUCGAGUUCAUCAAGGAGAUCGGGUUCACCCAUAUGCGCAUCCUGGACGGGGUGCAGAGCCUGCUGCAGCUGAGCGGUUGUGUCGCGAAGCUAUGCAAGAUCAAUAUGAAGCCUGAACUCUUUGAGCCUCCCAGAUCAUAG